GUGGCGGCGCCAUCUUGCCUGCAGUAGGGUGCCUCUCAAAAUACAUGGCAUGCUCGUAAACAUUGGAAUGUUAGAAGACGUAGUUUCAUCCUCGGCAACUAUUUAGAUAUGAUGUGAAUGUACGUAACCUAUUGAAAGUUCUCUCUUACAAAACUUUAGUUCCGUCUUCGUAACUUUAUACUAAAAAAUAUAAUUAUCAUAGAAACGAUGAAUGUUUAGCACACUGGGUAAUGUAGUUUGUGGAUACAUUAAGUUGAAGCGGGAAAUCCCCCCAAAAGACUACAUUUCCCACGAGAUGACGCGCUAGCUGAAGCCGGAAGUGCGUUGUUUCCGUGGUGGAAAAAAGUUCUCACAAGUUGUUUUCAUGCCAGUGUAGAAAAAAGUCACGUUUCUGGCUUUUGUCGACACUCAUGAGAUUGCAUCGAGGCAUUUUGAAGACACACAAGGGACCAGAACUUUAUAAGAAUGAAGGGUCAACCAGGUCCAGUUCAGAUCGUCACAGUGUGUAAAGAGGAUCACUCCUUUGCUUUGGACACAGAGGCUUUGGCUAAGGUUCUGUUGGCUCCUGAGGUUCGAGACAAACAUGUGGUGGUGCUGUCGGUGGCCGGAGCUUUCAGGAAAGGCAAGAGCUUCAUCCUCGACUUCAUGCUCCGCUACAUGUACAGGAAGGGUGAUGCAAACUGGUUAGGUCAGGAGGAUGAGAAGCUGACUGGAUUUUCUUGGCGAGGAGGUUCAGAACCAGAAACGACUGGCAUCCAGCUGUGGAGUGAAGUUUUCCCCGUCACGAAGAGUGAUGGAACAGAGGUGGCAGUAGUGUUGAUGGACACUCAGGGAGCAUUUGAUAAUCAGUCAACUGUGAAGGACUGUGCCACCAUCUUUGCCCUCAGCACCAUGACCAGCUCCAUCCAGAUCUACAACCUGUCUCAGAACGUCCAAGAGGACGACCUGCAGCAGCUACAGCUGUUCACGGAGUAUGGGCGUCUGGCCAUGGAUGAGAUCUUUCUGAAGCCCUUUCAGUCUUUAAUGUUCCUGAUCAGAGACUGGAGCUUUCCAUAUGAAUAUGCCUACGGGUUUAGAGGAGGCAACGAGUUCCUGGAUAAAAGAUUACAGGUCAAGGAGGCCCAGCAUGAGGAGUUGCAAACAGUGAGAGAGCACAUCCACUCAUGCUUCACUAAAAUUUCCUGCUUCCUGUUGCCUCACCCCGGGUUAAACGUUGCCACCAGCCCCACAUUCGAGGGACAGCUCAAUGAUGUGGCCCCAGAGUUCAGAGAGCAGCUGCUGAGCCUGAUCCCCAAACUGCUGCAUCCCGAUCGUCUGGCUGAGAAAGAAAUCAACGGAAACAAAGUCACCUGUCGCGGUCUGCUCGAAUUCUUCAAGGCUUACAUAAAGAUUUACCAGGGAGAGGACUUGCCACAGCCAAAGACCAUGCUCAUGGCUACAGCAGAGGCCAACAACCUGGCCGCCGUGGCAGCAGCCAAAGAUCAGUAUUACAAGAACAUGGAGAAGGUGUGUGGGGGAGACUUGCCUUAUGUCGCCCCUGAAUCCCUGGAGGAGAAACAUCUCUUCAACUCCCGUGAGGCUCUCCAUACCUUCUCCUCCACCAAGAAGAUGGGUGGACAAGAGUUUUGUGAUCGUUACCAAGCACAGUUGGAGAAGGAGAUGGAGGAAAUAUGGCAGUCAUUAUGCUUGCAUAAUGAGUCCAAAAAUCUCUUCAGCGCAUUCCGCACACCCGCCGUGCUGUUCGUCCUGGUGUGCCUUCUCUACGUGCUGUCAGGUGUGCUGCUCUUCGUCGGCCUCUCUACCAUCGCCCUUGUGUGCGACUGCACCCUCGGCGUGGUCAUGAUGUCCAUACUGACGUGGGCCUUCAUCCGCUACUCUGGUCGGUACCAGAGUGUGGGGGGAGCCAUCGACCAGGCGGCAGGUGUCGUGCUGGAGCAGGCUACGGUGGUGUUGAACAAGUCGAGAGGUGCUAACCUUAUUGACCAGAAGAAAUCCAGUUAGAGGACCUCUGUACCUUCAUAAUCUUGAUGCAAUGCAACCAGCACUCAACACAAGCACACAUUCUGCACUAAAGCCUUAUCAUGCCUCCCAUUGGAACAAAAAUACAGCUGAACUUCAUUGAUAUAAGGUAAAAAAAACAAAAACAUGAUGCCGAUUCACCAGCAUCUUUAUUAUGCACGUUACUAUGCCUGUUACAGUCAAGGCUUCCAUAAAGGUGGCUAGAGGUACAGAAGCAGGGGGGGUCAAACACCCAAACCCCUCUUCCUGCCAUCGUUGUUUAUAAUUGGUCUUAAAAGACGAGUCAAUGUUUACCUUCAAAAUUACAAAACACUUCAAUUUUCUACAGCAGCUUUACGCAACUUUACUUUUCUUUACAUUGUUCAGUCUGGAGCAGUCGAGGUGCUUUUCAAAGUAAUUACUGCGGUUUAUCUUCAAGAGACUUCCUUUAAAAAUGCUGGCUUUCAGGCUCAAACACUUCAACAUGUUUCUGUGAGGCUAUUUUUUUUUUUUUUUUACUUUGUGGCCUUAAAUACAUUCCAUACUGUUGGAAUUGCUUUAUAUUUGAUACAAACUUGCAUAUCUGAAAGGGUGAGCUGUCACUACUUUUAAAGGAAGAGAGGAUUUGCACUUUCUUUAUCGCUCAGUAGGUUUUGGUAGCUGCGUUUGAUGAGAGUUCAGUAGGAUCUCAUUUGUUUUGGACGCUUUGCAGCUUUUUCUUGACGGAAUUGUGUUACACUUUUUAUAUUUUGAUACUAUAUCCUAGACUUCUACAGGUAUUGUGUAUAAGAACUUCUAUUGUCCAAAGAUGAAGCUUAUUUAGAAGACUUAGAGAGGUAUCCUAAAUACUAGGAAGCUGAGUACCCGCUUAAUUAAAACUAGCAACCAGCAACCAAAGAGUUAGCUUUAAAGAAGUAUGAAUAUUAAGCUUUGACCUAGUACCCUUAUCACUUAAAAAGACAGUAUGUGGUUUUAUAAGUGAUUACAGUAGGUGCAACAUGGUUUAAACGUACUAUGCACAUUAAGAAUGCAGCUUGGAUAGAAAUCACACUUAAUAAGUCGUAGAAACCAAAAGAAAAUAGCACUUUUUGAAUUUGUCUUUUAUUGAUACAUUUCAGAGUUUUAGAAGUUUGUACGCAGUUUCUGAACACGUUUAGCACUUUCAGUCCUCAAUCGAAAAGGAAAUGCUCUUGGUGAUAGUUUGGAGAUUGUGCGAUCGUAUUUCCACCUCUUUAUACAUACUCAUUCUCCAUACGUGUUUACAUCUGAUCUAAAGUAAAGUGUAAAAAUACAACAGAAAGGAAACACUUCUUUUGAUACUUAACAUUACUACAAACUGUUAUGGAGGAAAAAUUGGAACAGAUAGUUCUUAGUCCAGUUUGAAAUAGCUGCAUGACUUGGUCAGAGAUUUGUUUCAGGUAAUGACUAUACAGCGCUUAAUAAAACAAUGUACUGAAAGGGAAACUGGUACAUAUGGGCUGACUUGUUUUCUAAAUCCCUGUUUACUUUCAGUCAUUUUACCAAUCAGGUGAUUUCCCCCGUAUGAAUGUUCACACUAUAUAGAAGAUGUAUUAGGUUAAAGGUUGACAUAGUGGGGCAGAAUCAAGCCUUGGAUUUAGAUGCAAAAAGAUCGGUUGACCUGAGACUGUAAGUAGCAUCCUGUGGUCUGAUAUGUUUUUUUUAGUGUGCAAGUCAAAAGCUAAACGUGUUUUCUGUGCUUUAAUACAGGAUUGAGAAACAAAAAGCUGCUUAACUAUGCUUAAAUACCACAAUGAUUAAAUGAUACUGUAAGUGUAAGUCAUAAGUAUACAGGGCCAAACUAGAAAUCUGAAAAUACUGAGGAUGACACCCUCUUGAGUUCCAGGAUUUUGGACCAUCUUAACACAUUCCAUGUCUCUCUUUCCACAAGUGGAGAAAGCUACAAGAUGUUGUAAAAGCAUUAACUUUUGCACUUUUCCUCCUCUUUGGUGCUUUUUGCACACGGCUUGUUCUGAGAUAAAUGAAAUGCAUGCAAUAUUGUAAUAAUGGUAAAUAACUCAUGUUUUGCAGGGCUAUGGUGGCCUUGACUUGAGAAAUGCUGUUUUAUAAAGAAUAAAAAGAGCUUUAAACUGUU